AUGCCUGCCAUCAACGUCACCCUCAAGAACGACGCCCCUCCCGAGAAGUUGGAGGAGGCCAAGAAGAACGUCACCGACCAGGGCGGCAAGGUCACCCACGAGUUCAAGCUCAUCAAGGGCUUCACUGCCGAGUUCCCCGCAGACACCGUACACAGCCUGGCCACGAACGACCACAUCACCGUCGAGGCGGACCAAGAGGUCAAGACUCAGUAG